AUGGCUCGCCCAGGCAUUCUCGGCGUCAGUGCAGCCCGUUUGCACGACGGCGCUGCCAGAUCUUUUGAGACCUUGCGCAUCAACCGUACGUCUGCAUCAAAGCCACAAGGCCUAAGCUUUUCUGGCGCUGCUGCUGCUUCUGUUGUGUCUGCGGUCACCGCAUUUUCUGCUGCGCGGGGUACCACACUCCGCAGCAACUUGCGCGCGCGGCACGUGGCCAUGGCGCAGACUAUCGAGGCCAACGCAUACCUGAAGGCGAAGAUCGAGGAGAUGGUGGCCCUGCAGCCUGUCAUGGUCUUCUCCAAGUCCUGGUGCCCCUUCUGUAAGAAGGCGAAGGAAGCCAUGGAACAGCAGGGCAUUCGCUUUGGCGUGUGUGAGCUGGAUCAGCUCGGCUCAGAAGUGGAGGCCGAGGUUCAGGAUAUCUUGGCCGGCCUUACCGGGGCCCGGACAGUACCCCGCGUCUUUGUGGGCGGCAACUGCAUCGGAGGCGGCACAGACACAGAGAAGCUUGCAGCCGAUGGCUCGCUGAAGAAGAUGGUAGGUGAAGCUUUGGCUUCCUACAAGAACAAAGUGUCCGGGGCAACUUCGUUCGAGCUGGAGAAGAGCGACGAGGAGUGGCUCUCGGAGCUGGAUUCAGAGAAGUUCCGAAUCCUCCGUCGGCGAGGAACUGAACCUCCUGGGUCACACAAGUACGACAAGUUCCUGCCCAAGGUUGGGCACUUCUCAUGUGGCGGCUGCGGCCUUCCACUGUACUCUGCCUCCUCGAAAUUUGCAUCGACGUGUGGGUGGCCUGUGUUCGACAAGUGCUAUGCCUCCGACGAUGUUGGCCAGCAUGUCAUGGGGCAGCCUGACGGGAGCGGCGCUUUGGAGAUCGUGUGCACGCGCUGCGGUUCCCACUUGGGGCACGUCUUCUACGACAGUGUUACGGAGGCCAACCCGAAUGGUGAGCGACACUGA